AGCCUGCUACACACAUGCAAGCAAGUCGUACAACUUGGCUUGAACAGACCAAAUCGUACAACUUGCAAGUGUGUGUGUAGAGCAAGUCGGAGCUUGAGUUGGGCUAGAAGUUGGGCAUGCGUGAAAUCGGACAAAACCGAUUGCGUACAGUUAAAUCGUACUGCAAGUCGAGACGUGUGUAUGCGAACACGGCAGAAUCGGCGAACUUGAGUAAAACAGAGCGUUCACUGCAACAACAUGGCCGAUCUAAGAAGUCUAUCCCGAGAUUUCCUAACGGAAUUUAUCGAGAUGUACCGGGAAAACCCGUGCCUGUGGCAAAUAAAAAGUAAGGACUACAGUAAUAAACAGAAGAAGAAUACUGCGUAUGCAAAAUUAGUAAAAAAACUUGAAGAAGUGGAAAAAAAUGCAACCAAAGAAAGGGCCGUGAAGAAAAUUAAUUCGUUGAGGACGUGUUUUCGGAAGGAGUAUCGCAAGGUUUUGGCAUCUGAGAGAUCUGGGGUCGGCACAGAUGAAUUAUAUAUACCAACUUUGUGGUAUUAUGAAUUACUUACGUUUUUGUUGGAACAGGAAGAACCUAAACCUUCAAGAAGUACAAUUUCUGAUGAUGAGGGUGAUGAUGUGCAGGAGGAACAAAACACACAAUCACUUGGUCCGGAAGCGGAAACGCAACAGUCGAAUGAAGAGACAAAUGAAACGCAACGUUCCGAUUAUGAAAGUGACCCACUAUCCCCUACUGUGGAUAGAUCAAGAACUCCAUCAUCUACGACAGUAGUGGCUCACCGUUCUAGAUCAGGAUCUAGGGCACCAUCUUCUAAUGGAGGAAAAAGAAUGAAGAAGGCAGACGCCGUGCUGGAUAUUGUAGCUCAAAAGUUGCAAGCACCAAAUCCAAUUAGGGAAUUUGAUAACUUUGCACACCAUGUUGCUGAGCAACUCAGGGAGGUGCCGAAACAACAAGCAAUUUAUCUUACAAAAAUUAUUAACGAUGGUAUCUUUGAAGCCCAGUGUGGAACCCUAACGCGAAACUCUCGCAUUGUGUCUCAACCUGCUGAGUUACCUGCACCUGAAGGGUAUUAUGUUGCUCCUUUAGCCCCAGCCCAAAAUACGCACCAUACACAAAAUAGAGUUAGUCAAGCGAGCAUAUAUCCGGAUCACUGCCAACACCAGGCGCCAAUCUCGGAGGCACUGGCAAACUAUUUUAGCAAUGUCGCACCAUAACAAUGUGUGUUUGAUUCCUAUGUAAUAAUUAUAAAAUAUUUCUUACGUGGUUUCUUACCUUCAUGUAUUUAUCUUUUAGAACGGUUAUUAUUGCUUUGCAUGUUUCGGGGAUUAUCUGCGACAAUGCUUGGGGUGAUAUAAUUACGGAAAACUUCAAGUCUUCGAAAGUUCGACCUGUUGCUAGAAAUCGCAGCGUUGCAGUUAAUCUUUCGUGAGGAGUAAUUGCAGCUCUCAUUACAGUGUCUUUCUUUCUAAUUAAUGGAGCAACACUACACAGUAAUUCCUCAUAAGUACCGGUAUCCAUUCUAAGGUAGUUUAACCAAUCGCGAGGUUCUAGUCUCAAUUCAUCUAAUAAGUUGGUAUGAGAAUAUUUGCCUCUUUUUGUUAACCAAUGCUUAGUCCAGCGUGAGCGUUUUUUUGAUUUUGAUUUCACGUACAGUGCAACUGCUGUGGCAAUAAGUAUAUCAUCCGAAGCCAUUGUUCAAACUAACUAGAUAGACACCUACCUACUAAAGUUGUUCCAUAAGUCGCGAAUUAAGUCUGUGCGCGUGGAAGCUCAAAACCACAACCGACUUUUCAGUCAACUUAGCUUGACAAGCCAAAUUGUACGACUUGCUUGCAUGUGUGUAGC